AUGUCUUCAUCAUCGUCAUGUCGCAGACUCUCCAUGCUGCAACAGCACUUGUUUCCUUCCUCUUCUUCAUUGGGAACAGUAGGAAAUUUUAAUCAUCAUGAUCAGUCAACUUGCUCAUUUUCGGAACAUCACGGAUUGGAGGAAUCAAUGAUUGGAUUUAAUGAGACUUCUGCUUCUGUCAAUUCAUCAACAACAAAGAGAAAGGCAGUGAUUGUAUGCGGAGCAAGAACACCUUUUGUAAAGGCAUUUGGUGAUUUGAUGGAGGUGGACUCUAUCGGAUUGGGAGUUUCUGCCGUUGAAGGUCUAUUGAAAAAGUCAAAAUUGGACCCCAAUCUUAUUGAUGAAAUUAUUUGGGGAAAUGUUGUUCUCAACACAAAAGCUCCAAACGUUGCAAGAGAAAUUGUCAUUGACUUGAACUUGCCAAAGAAAAUUACAGGUGUGACUGUCAGCAGAGCUUGUUUGUCUGGUUUGGAAGCAAUUUUGCAAGGCAUUCGGUUGAUUGAACAUGGACAAGCUGAAGUUGUUGUUGCUGGUGGGUCAGACUCAAUGUCCAACGGAGAAAUGGCUCUUCCAAGAAAUCUCACAUUGGCCUUGGGUAAAUACAAUUACGGAAAAGAUAAGGGAACUAUGAAGGGGUUGAUCCAAUUGUUUAAGGACGCUGGAUCUCCAUUGAGCUGGAUACCAACUCCACCUGCCAUUGCUGAAAGAUCUACCGGUAAGACUAUGGGAUAUCAUGCAGACAUGAUGGCAGAUCUCAAUAAGGUAACCAGAAAUACUCAAGACGAAUUUGCAGCACAAUCUCACAAAAACGCAGCCAAAGCAAGACGUGAAGGAAAAUUAGAUGAAGAAAUUGUUCCCGUUCGAUUGAAGAAUGGUAAAGUCAUUUCCAGAGAUAACCUCAUUCGUGAGGAUAGUGAUGCAUCCAAGAUGAGCAAAUUGAAGCCAGUCUUCAGAAAGACCGGAACUGUGACAGCUGCCUCUUCAUCCCCUCUGACUGAUGGAGCCAGUUGUGUACUUGUCAUGAGCGAGGAAAAGGCCAGAGAAUUGGGAUAUCCUGUUGACAUUAGAAUUUCAUCGUAUGCCACAACUGCAGUUGAUCCAUACCCACAACUUUUACUUGCUCCAGUUUUGGCAUUCCCAAAGGUUUUGGAUGGUGCUGGUAUUACUUUGGAUCAAGUGGAUUUAUUUGAAAUUCACGAAGCUUUUGCUGCUCAAGUGUUGUCCACUACAGCAUGUCUUGCAAGUGAUGAAUUUUGUCAAAAGAGGCUUGGUAGAAGUAAGGCCAUUGGAGUCAUUCCUCCAGAAAAGUUGAAUAUUAAUGGUUCCUCAAUUGCCAUUGGACAUCCUUUCAGUGCAACAGGUGGAAGAUUGGUCACUUCAGCCAUGAACGAAUUGAGGAGAACUGGAAAAAAGUAUGCCAUUCUCUCAGUUUGUGCUGCUGGAGGUCUUGGAGGUGUCGCGUUAGUGGAACGAGUGAGUGACAAUAACAAGCAAUAG